AUGGUUGUUGCUGGUUCUGCCGAUGCUGCUGCGAGCAACGGAGUGUCUGCGAGACGGCAGGGUGGUAAAGCUGCGGGCAAUGGCGGCAGCGGCAACGCGAAUCAGGCCAAUGCAUCCUUCAAGACCUUGUCGUUGGCCCACCUGACCGCUAUACAACAUAUGCUGAUGGCAGUAUGCAGGGACGUGUCCCUUCUGCCACCUUUGUACCACGGGUUUGCGUCUCUGCGCCGGGCGUGGAGGACGUCGUUGCAAAGCGGUGGGUUGCAACUGUACGAGCCGCAGUCGUUGCGGAACACGCUUGCCAUUUUUUGGCAGACGUACAGGGCGUCGUCACUUGCGUCGACGUCGUCCACGGUACCGGGUGCGACAGCUGGUUCUGUUGCACCGGGGAGUAUACUGCUUACGACGCUGAUAACGGCACGCGCUUCGGAGUAUUCGCUUUGCUCGCUGUGGUGCCUCGUGUCGCUGUACCUGUCCUUUGCGACGCUGGACUCCCUCAUGGUCCGGUGGAUCGUGAAGUACUCCACCAUGGCCGCUAUCCUCAGGAUGUUCUCGAUGUCACUGAUCCUCGUCACUUUCGAGCUUCUGUUGCUCAGUUCUUUGUCCCCCGAGAACGAUUACUACUUACACACAUGGAUCCUCAUCAGUUGUGUCCUUACGGCAGCGUACAUAUGGCAGAGCUACCUUACGUCGGAUCUGCAGUACGUCGGUGCAGCGAGCAACGGCAGGAAACGCAAGUCGGUCACUCGCCAUAACAAGAGAACUAUAGACCUGUACAACAUCACCGUGUUCUGCGUCGUCCCCGUGGGACUCGCCAGCUUCAUCACCAUGUUGUUCCUACUCAGGAUCCUCUUCAUCCAGAGACUAGACGUCGAACAACUCGCUAGACUGCUCAGGGAUCUCAGCGAUGACCCGUCCAGCUAA